AUGAAUACAAAAACAUCACCUGCUAUCAACACACCUUACAGUGCUAUCAAAGAUAUCGAACUUUAUGACUUCGCAAGAGAUAAAAAGGUUACAGCGAAUUCGUUAUGGAAAGAUUCGGCAGCGCUGAUCCUAGUUGUUCGUCGUCCUGGAUGUGCAAUAUGUCGUAACGAAGCUUUGAAACUGGCAUCACAUCGUGAAUUAAUCACGGAAAAAAUGGCAAGCAUUCAUGGUCACUUAAGUGGGAUAAAAAUGAUCGCAAUUGUUCAAGAGCAAAUCGAUACUGAAGUGCAAGAUUUCAAUGACGGUUUCUGGAAAGGUGAUGUCUUCAUAGACGAAGAAAAAAGAUUUUAUCGUGCGCUCGGCGGAGGAGAACUUAAAUGGAGUGGGACAACAAACUUUCUUCGAUCAUCGGUGUGGAAAAAAUACUUGAAUGGACGCAAAAUUGUCGGAGGUAAUUUCAAAGGUCAAGGUCGAAUUCUUGGCGGUUCCUACAUCGUGUAUCCUGGUUCAAGAGGCAUAGCAUUUGAACACCGCGAAAAAUUCUUUGGCAAUUUCCCAGCAAUUGACGAACUAAUUACCAAAUGCAAAGCUAUCUCUUCAAAUAAUCUUGAUAGUAAUACUGACGCAUCUAUUAAAAAAGCGAUCACGGCUGCAAACUUCUGUAGAUAUAAUCCAUCAGAACCUGGCCUUUGUGGCGGGUUAAAUGGCAUGUGUCCGGAUUACGAUUCAGAGGAUGACGAAUGA